AUGACUGCUUAUAUCGAGCUUGCAGCUUCUUGGCUCUUCAAAAACGCCAAGGGCAGAGAUGCGAAAGCUUUCUUCACCACUCCCGCUUUUACUGAGCAUCCAGAGCCUACACUCUCUCACAAGUUUCCAGAGUUAUCCUGGAACUCUCACUCUGGUGUAAGAGAGUGGCUACUUGUGUCUGAAGACCCAGAUGCUCCCCUCCCAACGCCAGUUUGUCAUGGAAUCUACUUGGGAAUACCCUCUGAAAAAGCAAGAGUCGUCGGGAGUGACUUUGAGCCUGUUGAAAAGACUUCCAAUCGACUAGCGGGAGGCUUCUACUAUGGUGCGAAUCGCAUCGGCUCGAUUUACGGUGCUCCACGGCCACUUCUAAAUCAUGGCAUCCAUCGAUACUGGUAUGAAGUAAUUGGUCUAAAUGAGCCUUUGGACGACAAGUUCAAGACCUCCAAACCGAACAGGGAUCAAGUCGCAGAAGCCAUUAACGGUAAGGUAGUUGUAUGGGGAAGAUGGAUGGGACAGUGUGAGAGAAGAUGGGAGUGA